AAUGACCUGAGUUGCCCCGAGUCUUUUUCUGCAAAGAAACUCCCAGAAACAAAUCAGUUAUUUUCAUUUCUUCGAAAGAAAUCAGCAGCUCGUCAAAUCUAAUUUUCCACAAAUACCCUCAAUAGCAUCAAAUUAAUUUGAGAGAGUUAUCCUGCUCGCUUCAAAAUGGCGGUUUUGUCAUCAACUACCCCUCAACUUGUUCUCAUGGAUAAUUUCACCAACCUCAAUGAUUCCACGACACAGGAAUAUUUUGGACGGGACGGGUUCAUUCCAGACUACUGGUACACGAUCGAGACUGUGUUGCACGUGAGUUUCUUCGUCCAGACGCCCAUCGGCUUCGUGAGCAACAUUCUGGCCGCAGUGACUGCAACUCAACUCAUCGCUAAAGGCGAACUGACACAGUCGGCUGCUACGCACAUACAGGUGGUGGCUUUCUGGGACUUCUGGUCUCUGUUCAUGGAUGGGCUCCUGGACAAUAUGAUGGCCAUAAUGUGGAUGGAUCUGGGGGCUCACAGUGACUUCACCUGUGGCCUCACCACCUACCUGGACUGGGCCACCAGCAGGGCUGCCAUUCUGGGCCUAGCUAUAUCCGCAUGCGACAGAUGCGUAUCAGUGAUGUUCCCUGUGUUCUACCGAGGCAUGUCCAAGAAGAAGAGCUUCACUCUGGGUGUCUGUGCCAUCUACUCUAUCUUCAUCUUUACCACGAACUUUCCGAUCUUCACCCUGAUGGACCGGGCGUUUGAUGGCAGUGGAUGCGAAAGGAACCAAUCAGGUGGUUGGGUGACAUACUACAUAGCCCUAGUGGGAUCGUUCGGACAACUGGUGGGACUGCCAGCUGUGCUCAUCAUCAUGGCCAACAGCAUCGUCUUCUUCCAUCUGCGAGUGAAGAAGACAAGGCUGUCCAGGAGAGCCAGAUCUGCUCUGGCUAUGGUCUCUGCCUCGUCGAUAAUCUCCCUGAUGAUGAUGAUGGUGGCGGGUUGGGCCAUAACGAACGACUACGUCAAACUGGAGGACACUAACUACACAAGGGAAAAGAACACGAUGAGCAACUCGAUCUACCGGAUGAUAGCCCAGAUGAUGAUCGGCAUGACCAACUCCACCAACUUCUUGAUCUACAUGCUCUCCAGCUCUUCAUUCCGCAGCUGCUUCUUCAACAUGGUCGGAAUGAAGACGGGAAAGAGGAGCAGGGAUUGUCCAUCCUCUUCAGAGCGGCCACCCGCCGGACUGGACAGCCGCAAGGAAAGUCGCCCGCAACAUCAGCAAAGUUAGGCCCAAACCAGCUGACAGGAGGAGACAGAAGAGUGGAGAGAGGACUAUGAAAGUAAGGCUGGAUUUGAAAAGUGAGA